CUCGACGUUUCAGUCUCCGCCCAACUUUGCGGUUAAAUCGAUUGAUUCUCGUGUUCAUCACAAAACUUUAUUCACAAUGAAGUACCUCGCUGCCUACCUUCUCCUGUCCCUUGCUGGCACCGCCAGCCCCUCCGCUGAGGACAUCAACGGCGUCCUCUCCGCCGUCGGCAUCGAUGCCGAUGAGGAGCGCCUCCAGAAGCUCAUCUCCGAGCUCGAGGGCAAGGACCUCCAGGAGCUGAUCGCUGAGGGUUCCACCAAGCUCGCUUCCGUUCCCUCCGGCGGUGCUGGUGCCGCUGCCGCCCCCGCUGCCGGUGGUGCCGCCGCUGCUGCCGACGCUCCCGCUGAGGAGAAGGAGGAGGAGAAGGAGGAGUCCGACGAGGACAUGGGCUUCGGUCUCUUCGACUAAGCGCCUCGCUCCGAACCGAGAAAAACGUAACAGUUCGUGGGGGAACCGGAAUCUGGCGGUUAUUUUCAGUCUUGGGAGGAAAAUUGCCCAUUGGUCUAGUCAAGCCGGCAUGCGCCAGGCUUUUCUGAUGCAGUUACGAUCUAUGCAUACGUGAGCUGGAAAAAGCUUUAGCCAAUACAGAUUGUCUGACCUCCCGAUUGAGUUGAUGUGCCACGACGUAGAUGUAAUAUGGGAUGCAUGCCCCAGUUUUUUUAUGCCCUUGUAACCACCACUUCUAAGUCUGGAGAGACCUGCAGAUACAUGAAAUACAUGAU